UGUACAUGCAAGCACCACAUAUGCCUGGUGUCCUUGGGUGUUGGCUCUGCUCUAUCCCCUGCCCUCCCCCACUUUUUUUAAAGAACUCAGAUAAUCUGUUAGGAAUGACUAGGAAUGGCAGAGAGGCGGUGAGGUGAGGUGCGAUGGAGGACACUCGGUUGUGGCACUUCCUGGCCACAGCAGGGACAGUGGAAGCCUGGCUCCCAGCGCCCACAGAGGCAGCUUCUUGUCGGCAGGCCUCCGAGAGCUCCCCUCUGACGGCGCCCAUCUGGGGAGGCGGCUGAGGCUCCUUCCCGUGUGUGGAGCUCCCUGCGCAGCCUCCCAGCUGCCAGCCGUUCCUGGGCAUGGAAGGGUUGGCUCAGUGGAGUCCUGCACUGACCCUACGCGGCACGGGCCAUCGCACAGCCUCCUUUUUUCUAAUUACAUUUUCCUUUUGCUUGUGUGUGUGUGUGUGUGUGUGUGUGUGUGUGUGUGUGUGUGCAUAUGGGUAUGGACGUGAGAAGAUGGUUUUGAGGAGAUUGUUCUCUCCUUCUACCUUGUCAGCCCCUGGGAUCCGGCUCAGGUUGGCAGACCUGACGGCUGUGCCUUCACCUGCUGAACCAUCGUGGCCGCCGGUUUGUCUGUUUCUAGCUCUGUGGUCUUUUUUGACUUUUUGGUCUCUCUGUGCAGCCCUGGCUGUCCUGCACUCACUCUGUACACCGGGCUGGCCUUGAACUCACAGAGAUCGCCCGCCUCUGCCGGUGUUGGGAUUAGAGGUGCGUGCCACCAUGCCCAGAUCGUCUUUCCCAUUUCCAUCCUCAUUCUUACUUUGUUUUGGUCUUUUUGAGUCAGGGUCUUUGUAUGUAGUGUGAACUGGCCUGGACCUUGCUGUGAUCCUCCUGCCUCUGCUUCCAGUUAUGGUUGCUUGAGCCAACACGCCUAGCCCUCAGCAUCAGCUUAACUAUUUGACUUGCUACAGAGUGCCCUGGCAACUCUCUGCAGGCUAAAAUGAAAUCCCUACGUCUGGCUGAUGUUUGAGAAUCACCAUAUCCCACUCGCCUUUGCCCCCGAUCCCAGCUGGCCAGUUCCUGCCUGAGUCCAGAGCAGCCUUGCUUGUCCCUGUGUUGGCCUGUGGCGUCUCCCCUCCUGCUCACGCCCUCCAUGUCUCCUGCCCAGCCCAAGUCUCAGCCUCCUUCCCAGUGCAGCUCUCUCCAGACGGGAGCCUCCUGGGACUCCUUCUCUCAGUUCUGAGGAUGCUUAGUCAGGCUCCACCAGGCCCUGAGCUGUUGUUGCAUGCAUGCGUCUGUGCCAUGCAGCAGGGCAGGGGCUGUCUCUUUCCAUGCCUGGCCAGCCAGGGAACAUGCUUGCAUUACACAGUGCUUCCUCAGCAACCUCCUCUGCAAGCACUUCAGACACCAGGACAGAGGUGGCUGGGUGGCGCAGGCCUGUCAGCCACGGGAGGCAGGAGGGUCUUAGCUUUGCGGCAAGCCGGGGCUGUGUCUAAGCCUCUGUCUGAGGAGAAGGGGUAAGGGAUGCCGGGGUGUGGGUGUAGCUCAGUUGCUGCUGCUCUUGCCUCGUGUGUACCGAGCCCAGGUGAGUCCCAGGAGGACAUAAACUGGGCAUGGAGGCUCCUUCCUCUAAUCAAGCCUGGAGAGCCAGACGCAGGCAGGCAGAGGAGGGCUCAGAAUCAUUGUUGGUUACAUAUCAGGUUGGAGGUCAGCCUUAAAAAGAAGGAGCCAGGCAUGGAGGCACACACCUGUAAUCCCAGUACUCAGGAGGCAGAGGCAGGUGAUCUCUGUGAGUUCAAGGCCAGCCUGGUCUACAAAGCAGUUUGAGGAAAGCCAAGGCUACACAGAGAAAUUCUGUCUCAUAAAACAGAGAAAAAAGAAGAAAAUUAGGAGGAACUAGGCUGGUUCUGGGAAGGCCUCGGAGGAGCAGGGGCUGUACUAGCACGUCCAGUCCCUUCUUGGGCCGAUGCCCGGGCCUCGCUGCCCUGGCAUUCCCUGGGCACCUGGAGUCACAGCGCGAAUUCCUUCUCCACUCACACCCCUCCCUGAGUGAAUGUGCACCUGCUCUUCUUUGCUUUCCUUCCCUACCCUUCUUCCGUCAGCUAAUGAUUAUUCAGGGAACUUAACCGCUGUCCUGCCCCAAAUCGGUAAGAGUUCUCUUUCGGGCAAGGGUCAUGAGGUAAUGCCAUGGCCAUGUGACUCCUGCUCUACCCCGCUCCCUCUGCUGUCUUGGCCCUAUUAUUCCAGAGAGUCCCUGUGUACAUUGUGAGCUGAUCAGCGACCUGAACUGAGAGAUCUCACCCAGAUGGCGAUGGCGGACUCAAAACCACUCCCUACCCUGGAUGGGGACCCCAUGGCCGCAGAGGCCUUGCUCCGGGACGUCUUUGGGAUUGUCAUAGAUGAGGCCGUUCGGAAAGGGACCAGUGCCUCAGAAAAGGUCUGUGAAUGGAAGGAGCCGGAAGAGCUCCGGCAGCUGCUGGAUUUGGAGCUGCAGAGCCAGGGCGAGCCUCGGGAGCGGAUCCUGGAGCGCUGCCGGGAUGUGGUCCGCUACAGCGUCAAGACAGGUCACCCGCGCUUCUUCAACCAGCUCUUCUCAGGGUUAGACCCCCAUGCUCUGGCUGGGCGUGUCAUCACGGAGAGCCUCAACACCAGCCAGUACACGUAUGAGAUUGCGCCUGUGUUUGUUCUCAUGGAGGAGGAGGUGCUGAAGAAGCUGCGUGCCCUGGUGGGCUGGACCUCAGGGGAUGGGGUCUUCUGUCCUGGUGGCUCCUUCUCCAACAUAUAUGCCAUGAACCUGGCCCGUUUUCAGCGCUACCCCGACUGCAAGCAGAGGGGUCUCCGGGCCCUGCCACCCUUGGUCCUCUUCACUUCUAAGGAGUGCCACUACUCCGUCAGUAAGGGAGCUGCUUUCCUGGGACUUGGCACGGACAGUGUCAGAGUGGUCAAAGCUGACGAGAGAGGGAAGAUGAUCCCUGAGGAGCUGGAGAGGCAGAUCAGUGUGGCCGAGGCUGAGGGCUUUGUGCCAUUUCUGGUCAGUGCCACCUCUGGCACCACCGUGCUAGGGGCCUUUGACCCCCUGGAUGCAAUUGCUGACGUUUGCCAGCGCCACGGACUCUGGCUGCACGUGGAUGCCGCCUGGGGUGGGAGCGUCCUGCUGUCUCGGACUCACAGGCAUCUCCUGGACGGGAUCCAGAGGGCGGACUCCGUGGCCUGGAACCCACACAAGCUUCUCGCCGCUGGCCUGCAGUGCUCCGCUCUUCUUCUCCGGGACACCUCGAACCUGCUCAAGCGCUGCCAUGGCUCGCAGGCCAGCUACCUCUUCCAGCAGGACAAGUUCUAUGACGUGGCCUUGGACACGGGGGACAAGGUGGUGCAGUGUGGGCGUCGUGUGGACUGUCUGAAGCUGUGGCUCAUGUGGAAGGCGCAGGGCGGGCGAGGGCUGGAGCGGCGCAUCGACCAGGCCUUCGCCCUCACUCGGUACCUGGUGGAGGAGAUAAAAAAGCGGGAAGGCUUUGAGUUGGUCAUGGAGCCCGAGUUUGUCAACGUGUGCUUUUGGUUUGUGCCUCCCAGCCUGCGGGGGAAGAAGGGGAGUCCGGAUUACAGCCAAAGGCUGUCUCAGGUGGCGCCCGUGCUCAAGGAGCGCAUGGUGAAGAAGGGCUCCAUGAUGAUUGGCUACCAGCCUCAUGGCGCCCGGGCCAACUUCUUCCGGAUGGUGGUGGCCAACCCCAGCCUGUCCCAGGCCGACAUAGACUUUCUCCUGGGCGAGCUGGAGCUUCUGGGCCAGGACCUGUGAGCCCGCCCCUCUGUGCCCCGCCCCUUUCUCUACCCCGCCCCGCACAGACCCCUGGGUCUCAGGAGCAACCUUUCUCAGGAUUAGUGGCCUUGGCUGUGUGCUUCACACACCAACCCUCCUAGCUAAGUAUCGGCCAGUCCGGUGUCUAAACACACUAUGUUUCUGUAAAAUUAUCUUCCAGUGAGCCGGGCAUGGUGGCACACGCCUUUAAUCUCAGCACUCGGGAGGCAGAUUUCUGAGUUUGAGGCCAGCCUAGACUACAGAGCUACACAGAGAAACCCUGUCUCAAAAAACGAAAAAGCAAAAACAAAUAAGGAAACAGUCUUACAUUAAAAUUAUGUUUACAAGGAAUUUUUAUUAAUGUGAGAGAAAUUAUAUGAUAUAUUGAAAAAGCUGCAUAGGAUUUUAUAUAUCACGGUGUCUGAGUUAUAUUUUAAAAUACAUAGGAAACCCUGGGACGGGAAAGCUCCUCAAACCUCCUGGACUUCUGGGCUCCCUCAUUUUAUGAUGUGACAAAAAGUACAAACCUUUGACAUAGGACAAUAAAGCUUCAGUUUCCAUGCCA